AUGCGUCCGUUUGCGAAGGCCAAUGUCGAUUUCUUCUCUGCGGAGAGAAAGGAGAACUACAUCCACUCUCUGCCAGAGCUGGUUGACUUCAAUGCUGUCCACAACCCCGAUCACCUUCUCUGCAUUCAGGCUCGAUCAAACGCGCCAUGGGUUAAGGUCACCAAUGCCCAAUUCAAGGUCGCUAUCGACCAGUGCGCCCAAUGGAUUACGGACAAUGUCAAGCUGCCGGAGAUUAAGACAAAGAAUGGCCUUACAGAAAGACCGCCAGUUGCUUUGCUGAUGGAGAGUGACUUUGGUCUUUUAGUGCACCAGUUUGCUCUCGUGUCCAUGGGAAUCCCCCCGCUUGUCCUCUCCGCCCGUCUGAGUCCUGAGGCCAUCUUCCACCUCCUGAAAAGCACUGAAGCUUCAUCCCUCAUCGUUUCUCAGAGAGUCGCCUUGGCCACAAAGGGAGCUUUCGGCAACGUCAAGAUCAUCGACAUUCACGUUGGUCAGCCGUACAGCACUUUCUAUGAUGUCUCAGCAGACAAAGCGGUGAAGAGACAGUCUGUUUACCCGGACAAUGUCGACGCCAACAUUGUGCUUCUGCAUUCCUCUGGAACGACAGGCCUUCCAAAGCCGAUCGCCCUCACUCACAGACAGCUCGUAUUUUCCGUCAGUCACGGUGACUUUGAUACGGAGGAGGAGGCUCAAGGCAUUGUUAUUUCUACACUACCCUUGUUCCACGGAUUUGGCCUUCUGGCCCCAGGACUGUCGAUGGCCAUUGGAAAGACAGUGUGUUUCCCUGCUUCUGACGGAAUUCCCGAUGCGGAAUCGAUUGUCGACCUUAUCAACACCUCUGGCGCAACCGGCAUGCUGACUGUGCCUUUUCUGCUCGAAGACAUGGCUGCUCUGCCGAAUGAAGUUGGUCUGAAGGCUCUGGCCAAAUUGGACUUUGUUGGAACGGGAGGAAGUGCUCUGAGCGCUGGCUUCGGAGCAUCUGCAGCAGCUGCGGGCAUCAAGCUACUGAACCUCUACGGGACGACGGAAACAGGCCCGUUGACGAAGACAUUUGCGCCCAAAGAUGGCUACGAUUGGAAGUACUUCAGACUGCGAAAGGACAUGCUUUUCAAGGUCACAGAGCUCCCGCCCAUUAAUGGCGAGAAAAGGUUUAGACUUACAGUCUUCCCUUUCGGCGCUGAGAAGCCAUUCGAGAUUGCAGAUCAACUAAUUCGAAGCGAAAAGUUCCCCGAGACGGAUUUUGCCGCCGUGGGACGAGACGACGAUGUGGUCGUACUUGCGACUGGUGAAAAGGUCAACCCAUUACUGCUGGAAACUGCCUUGACUGAGUCUGGAUUGGCCAAGUCGGCAAUAGCCUUUGGUGAGAAUCAGUUCGAAAUUGGUGUCAUUGUGGAGCCUGCAAGUCCCAUCAACGACGAUGAAAAGGAGGACUUUAAGAAGGAGAUCUGGCCUAUCAUUGUCCAGGCUGGAGAGCGCAUGGAUGCCACCGCGAGGAUCUACUCGCCCAUUGCCGUCAUUGUCGUUCCGUCGACCGUCACAAUUCCGAGAACCGACAAGGGAUCGAUUGCUCGAAAAGAGGUCUUUAAACUGUUUGAGGCUGAAAUCGCGCAGGUGUAUCAGGACCUCGAGAAUGGCGCCAUUGAGGAAGCACCGCUCAACUACGACCACCUGGAGCAGGAGCUCAAAGAACUAAUUCAGAAGCGAUUGAAACUGCGAGUCAAGGCCGAUGCGUGGACAAUUGAUGACAAUCUCUUCUACUUGGGACUCGACUCUCUACAAGCAACAACGCUGCGACGAAUUCUUCUUUCAGCUGCUUCAAAAACGCCUCAGGAUGUGAUUGGAAAGGAUUUCAUAUACGUGAAUCCCACAGUCAAAGCCAUUGCGAAUGCUCUAAGACAAGUCAGUGGUUCUACGGACACAGAGAGCGUAUCUGUUGCAAAGGAAGUUGAAAGCUAUGCUCAACAGUAUUCCACCAAAGGCCUUCAAAUUCAGGACGGAGCCCCUGGGGCCUUCUCCAAGCUUAUCCAGGGAGCAGUGGUGCUUCUGACAGGCAGUUCAGGAGGUCUGGGAUCCCACGCUCUGGGAGAGCUUGCCAAGUCCCCUCAAGUCGGCAAGGUUGUCUGUCUGCAGCGAAAACGCCCAGGCAGCGUCAUCAGCCCUAUUCCAGGAGCGGCCAAAGUCGAUAGAGUCGCUUUAGAGACGAAGGGCAUCAAACUGACCGACGAUCAAUGGGCAAAGAUCACGGCCCUGGAAAUUGACCCGACCGCAGACAGCUUGGGACUUCCUCCAAUGGUCAUCGGCAUGAUGUCCAGGACAAUCACUCACGUCUUACACGCAGCUUGGCCCAUGGACUUUCACAUGCGGCUGCCAUCCUUCGGCUACCAGUUCGCCUACCUCAAGAACCUUGUGAAAGUCGCUGUUGAAGCACCGCAAAAGGUCCGAUUCCUCUUCAUCUCGUCCAUAUCUGCCCUCGCCAAGCUGGGGCUCAUCGCUCCUGGGAAGACCAUUCCGGAAGAGCCGCUGGACGUGGAAAGCGCCGCCUGUGGCAUCGGAUACGCCGAUGCAAAGUUAGUCUGUGAGAAGAUGCUCGAAGAGGCGGCCUCACUCUACAGUAACAACCUGGAGGUCACAAUUGUCCGAUGCGGACAGCUGACUGGCUCUCGGAAGACGGGAGCCUGGAAUGUGACUGAGCAGAUCCCCAUGCUUGUCCGCACCUCGCAGGGCUUAGGAAUCCUACCGACGAUUGAAGGCACUGUUUCCUGGAUCCCAGUAGAUGAUGCCGCGGCAACGGUGGCGGAACUCCUGCUCGCCCCAGAUGCCCCAGGCUUGGUCGCCCACGUGGAGAACCCCGUCAGACAACCGUGGACAGAGGUCUUGGGCAUUAUCGGGAACGAGCUCGGCAUCACAGAUACACUCCUCUUUGACGACUGGCUGGAGCAGGUCGCCUCUACGAACGAUAGGGACGCCGACGCUUAUCCCGUUAAGAAACUGUACGAGUUCUUUAAGCUUUACUUCCGCAUCGCGUCUUCUGGGGCGGUCGUCAUGGGCACCGAUGUGAGCCGCAAAAGCUCGGCUACACUGCGUAGUCUCAAGGCCUUGGAUAAGGAAACCAUUGCUGGAUACGUCAAUUAUUGGAGAUCAGUAGGGUACCUCACUUAA